CUCUUUCCACGUUUGCCGUCCAUCGCGGAUUCACGCCAAACUUUGAUCUCCUGCUUACAUUCAUUAUAAUUUCUUCAGAAAAUGGAAAACUAUAGAACACACAUUGUCAUGUGGACUGUCCUGUGGUUAGUAGCAGUCUUCCUGUGUGCCUCAGCCCAUUUGGAGCCGCUCCAAGCUAUUGUGGGACAAAACGUCCUCCUGCAAUGCCCCUGCAAGAAGAGAAACGAGAGAAUGGACAUUAAAUGGCAGUUAGAAGACCAUACCACCGUGCUUCACCACAGUGGAAGACAUAACACCACAAACAUCGGGGAGGGAUAUCAAAACAGGGUCAGUCUCUUUCAGAAUGAAGAUAAGGACAACUGUUCCCUGCUCCUCUCAGGCAUCACUGUCGCAGACAAUGGGAUGUACAAAUGCUUCUUUCAAACCGAGACUUUGGUCUACAUUCACAUCACUCUGCAUGUGAUUGCCAACUACAGUGUCUGUAUGUACCAGGUACUAGACCAGGCUUCGGGGGGUUCCGGAUGGGGAGAGGGGUUCGUGGUGUACCAGUGUAAAGCCAACGGGGGAUUCCCAAAGGGCCAGAUUCACUGGAAGAUGGGUGGACAUCCUCUCGUGAACACCUCCAGGAGGGAUGAGACCCACCUGGAUAACUCUACAGGACUCUACAGUCUGACCAGCAACCUGACCAUGGAUCAGAGUCAGGGUGAAAAACUGCAGUGUAUGGUGGAGAACACAGACCAGGCUUCUAAACUCAACUCCACCUGCAAGGAAAAGCCUGUGCACAUUAGAGAGAGUAUAUUUGAGAGUCCUGAUAAAGUAGCAGUAGCAGCAGGUGUGUCUGUCAGCAUGGUUGUGAUGCUGGUUGCGGGAGUCCUGCUGGUGAUCUUCUUACUGGCUAGAUGUCACCGGCGUGAAACGUCAAGGCAGAGAGACACGGAGGAAAGAAGCGUGACCCAGCAGUUGAACAUGUAUGAACACUGAGUGUGUGGAGCAUCUUCUCCCUCUGAUACAACAAUCUCUCCUCAACUGACGGACGACAAAAUGGAGGGAUGGUGACUUGCAACAAGACAAACUUAAACUUAAAAUAAUGCCUGUGUUCAAAGUAGCAAUGUGGAGCAGCAUUGAGCAAUGUAUUGUACUGUCAUGUCUGAACUAUAUUCUGUGGCCGUUAUGAAACGAGGCAGGAAGUGAAAGAAGUGGAGAACAGCAUGAUGGGAGAAAUGACUGGUCAAUGGACUGAACAUGAGCUGAACUCAGUAAAUGAAGUCCAGAGAAAUCCCAAGAAAUAAAGUAGACCUAAGGCAGCCUGUAUAUUGCAAUUAUAGAGUUUACUAACUACAGGUGCAUUCACAUUUCUAAGAAGAGAAGCAGAUGAUACAGGACUACUAUAAUUAACAGCCAUCAUGGAAACUCUUGUUACAUACAUCUACCGCAUGUUCCUGCUGUUACCCAUUUGAAUCAGGUUGAUAAUUCAUGUUGAUAAUUCGUUUUCAUGUACAGCAGUCAUUUCACCAUUUAAAUGUGAAUUUAAUUAUCUGAAUAUGUGAAGAAUUUGACAUGAUCAAUGUUUUCAUUGCUGCUUAUUAUUAUUAUUAUGUAGCUUGCUGUGAAACAAGCAUGCCAUGGAAUGACUAAAUCAAAAGAUUAGUAACAUUUUGGUCCAGGGUCCGUUUUGUUGUAUUAUUAACCAUAUUGGUUAAGCUUACAACACAGGAAGAGCUGAUCGGAAAUCAGGGAAAUAAAAUGACUUUUUAUAGGUCUUGUCCCGAGGGACUAGAGGGACCAGUACAAGUUUCACAUCUGUGUUCAUAUUUAUUUUGUGAGAAGACAAAAAAAACUACAGACAUUAUACAAAUACACAUAUAUACUAUAUCCUCCCACCCCUUUCCACCCACAUGACCUGCUUAUUUGAGUACAAAUAUCAAAGUAGUGUUUGAUAUUUGUUGAUACUUGGUUGCCUGGGUGUUAGGUACAGUGUAGUUAGUCAUCAUUAAGCAGUAAGAGAUUGGCAAUACAAGGGAUUGGUUUAGAUAAAAUGCUUGAUAGUGAUGAAGCCACAGAUUGCCAAAAGGAGAACAUCUGUUUUAAUACUUUUAUACCACUUGUAUUUUAUGCUGUAAGUGACAAUAUUGGCUGUUUUUCUGUGUGUGAAAGUAUUGUUUAGUCGUUUUUAUGUGUUUGUAGUGUUGGAAAGCAGCUGAAAUUCUCUUCCCUCUUGGUGUUUCUUUUUCAAAUAAACUGUAUGUACUGUGAAUAUGAAAUGAGAUAUUAAAUGCCAUAAUAAACCCUA